GGAUGAGCUGGGCUACAAUCGAUUGUAAAUUGUAAUAACACUAUAACAAGGUAUUUAUAUGAGGAUUUUCAAAUUUUGGGAAUUUUUGAUCAUUUCCCACCAUUCAAAUCCAGAAAGUUCACCGUUCAAAUUUUCCUCUUCCACCACCAACUGGCUCCUCAUCAUCAAUAGAGUCAACAAUGAAAUCACUUGACUGUGCAAUCAAACAAUUCAAUUAAUUUAUAAAACCCUAGAGUACAGUCCCAAGCAAAAAUUCUUUCCAAAAAAUCAAUUCAACUAAAUAUGAACAAACAUAAAACCCUAGAAUUCCAAUUUUUGACAUUAUCCUUAUGCCUAUCAAUCAUCACUAGUUUAUCAGCUGAAUCAUCGACAUGUUUGAUGGUGUACAAAGAAGGAGGAGCUCCGGCAGUGUUUAAUUCCCCGAAAUGCCCUCGAUGGAAGCUUUCCGGACCCCAAUCUAUGCCGAAGAAUUCGAGGUGUCAUAUCGCAGUUCAUCGAGGUCGCCGGAAAUCUCAGGAAGAUCGCAUCUUAUGUGCCCUUGACGUUCGAAUUCCGUUUCCGGGUCCAGGUGGUUUUACUGAGGUUUCUGUGGGGAUUAUGGCUGUUUUUGAUGGGCAUAAUGGAUCUGAAGCUAGUGAUAUGGCUUCAAAACUUUUGUUGGAGUAUCUUAUUCUGCAUACUUACUUUCUUCUUGAUGCUACAUUUCCUACCUUUUUGAAGAAAUAUAUGGGAAGAUUGUCAAACAAGGAAGUGGUGACGUUUUUAACUCAAUUCUUCAAGGAUAGAGAAUGGAGUCUGCAUAUUAAUAAUCUGGAGAGGCAUAUAUCACAAGAAAUGUAUGGAGAAUCAUUUCACUUGGAAAUAUUGAAGGAAGCGUUGUUGAAAACAAUUGCUGACAUCGACACCAUAUUUUCCAGGGAGGCCCAUAAAUACCAUCUUGAUUCGGGUUCUACAGCCACAGUUAUUUUAAUUGUAGACAGUAAGGUAUUGGUGGCAAAUGUAGGAGAUUCAAAGGCUCUUAUUUGCUCUGAGCAAUAUCUACCUCCUACUGAUGCUAAAGAGACUGCUUUAAGGAUAUAUAGGCAAAAAAGACGUGAUGGUGCUGUAUUGCGGUUUAAGGAUUGUGAAAGCUGUAAAAUUGUGGCUUCCAAUGGCUUAAAACAUUUGAUUGUGAAAGAAUUGACCAGAGAUCAUCGACCAGAUAGGGACGAUGAAAAGUUUCGAGUUGAAAAUGCAGGUGGUUGUGUUAUCGAGUGGAGUGGAGUUUCUCGUGUUAAUGGACGUCUUGCUGUGUCCAGGGCUAUUGGUGAUAUAGCUUACAAAAAUUAUGGUGUUAUAGCUGCUCCAGAGAUUACAGGCUGGCAACUUCUGAAUGACAAUGAUAGCUACCUCAUAGCUGCAUCUGAUGGGGUUUUUGAGGGGUUAGAAUCGCAAGAUAUUUGUGAUUUACUUUGGGAAGUACGGAAUGAUGACUCUUCAGGAUCACAGAUGCCUCCAGUCUGCUCAGGUUCUCUGGCUGAUUGCAUUAUAAGCACUGCCUUUGAGAGAGGAAGUGCAGAUAAUAUGGCUGCUGCUGUUGUUCCAUUGAAAUUGAUGAGCACAUCUAAAACCUUUUUGAACUCUGAAAAAAUUUCCAUCAGCCUUGUUCAAGUGGAACAAUCAUAUCCAGUUUUGGCUAAGUUCGACAGAUUACUGGUGGAAGGAAAGCCAAGUAAUUCUGUCUGUUACUAUUUGUAUGAAAACCUCAAGGAAAAUGAAGAGGAUACAUUUAGUCAUUCAGUGGAUGAAAAACAAGAAGAUAUUUAUGACGUCCCUUUUGCUCUCCCUGGAAAUCUUGGUCAUAGCUGUGGUGAAUCUUUGAAAGUCAAUGAGAAUAGCUUUUGCUUCCUAUUUGGGAUGAUAUCCGAUGGAAGUCAAGAGAACUUCAGAUAUCCUGAGGAUCUUUCCAGUUUUCUUGCUCUUCUUGAAUCAAUCCCCCUUCAACAAUCUAGUUUUGCAACAUUUGAGCACUCUAAGCCUGAUAUGAGGUAUAUUUUGAAGAAAAGAUUUGGUCGGGGGGCAUAUGGUGAGGUUUGGUUGGCUCUUCAGUGGAAUUGCUCCCUAGGAAAUUAUGCUUGCCAUUGGACUCAGAAUAACAAAACUUCCAUACAUCAUCUUGAUCUGAAGCCAUGUGAUGAAAAUUCAGGAAACUUUUCAUGGAGUCAUAAUUUUUCUAGUGGCUCCUCUGAUGGCAACUUGUUCAUCUUAAAGCGAAUAAUGGUCGAGAGAGGAUCUUCUAUAUAUUUAAGUGGGCUAAGGGAGAAGUAUUUUGGUGAACUAUUCUUAAAUGCUUCGACGUCUCUUGGAGGCUUCUUACCAUCUACAAUGUCAAGUUCAAUAUUUAAUCCUUCUGAGGCCAAUAUAAAUGAUCCUUAUGGGAUGGAUAAAAGAGUUUUUCAGGAUAUGGAGGACUUGAAUCCUGGAGAUAUGUUUGUUAAAGGAAAUGAAACCUGGGCUGUGGUCUAUGAAGAAGGCCUCAACCGUAUUGCAAGAUAUGUCGAGUCCUUUGAGUCGCGAUCUAAUGAAAUAUGGCUUGUCUUCAGACACGAAGGCAUAUCAUUGUCAAAGCUUAUGUAUACAACAGAAGAUUCUGAUGAAAUUCCUUCUGGAAGAGCUGGCCAUGCUCAGGUAUUGCAUCCAUCGAAGUGGUGGCACUGGCUAAAGACAACAAAAGCAGGACAAGAGGAAAUGCAGAAUCUUAUCUGGCAAUUGCUGAUGGCUCUCAAGUCUUGUCAUGAUCGUAAUAUUACCCACCGAGAUAUUAAACCCGAGAACAUGGUAAUAUGCAUUGAGGAUCAGGACACAGGUGAAUGCUCUAAGAAAAACACAAAUGGGGAGCUAAACCAUCCAGGAAGAAUGCGGAUUAUUGACUUUGGUAGUGCAAUUGAUGAUUUCACUAUGAGGCACUUGUAUGCAUUUAAAGGCCCGUCUAGAGCUGAACAAACGUACGAGUACAGUCCACCCGAAGCUUUGUUAAAUACAAGUUGGUUUCAGGGACCUACUAGAAGAACUCACAAGUAUGAUAUGUGGAGUGUUGGGGUUGUAUUUUUGGAGAUGAUAUUGGGUUCACCAGAUGUUUUUCAGAUUAGCUCUUUAUCCCAUUCCCUUCUAGAUAAGCUUCUUGAAGGUUGGAAUGAAGACUUGAAAGAUCUUGCGUACAGGCUUAGGUCCUUCAUGGAAAUGUGCAUUUUAGUCCCUGGUCAUUCCACUACACAUCACCUUCACAAGGGCACACAUCAUAAGGCUAAAGGCUCACCAGCUUCAUGGAAGUGCUCUGAAGAAUUCUUCUCAAACCUUAUAAAAAGUAGAGAUCCUCUCAAUAUAGGAUUUCCAAAUGUCUGGGCUAUGCGUUUAGUGCGGCAGCUAUUGCGUUGGGAUCCAGUAAAGCUUCUUCUCGAUGAUCGAUUAAGCGUGGAUGACGCUCUGCAACAUCCUUAUUUUAAACAACCUCUCAAUUGAUCAUUGGAAAUUAUGAAAUGCAUUUCAGGAAAAAAGAGAGCAGGGGAAGAGCGGGGGAGUGAAAACUGUCACUGCAGAGCUGAUGAUUCAUGGUUUUAUAUAACACAGUUGUCUUUAUUAUGUGCCAACUGAAGGAAAUGAUGUUUGCUGGCAUUUAUGUUGGGAGUUUCUUUGAAGAUCAUACUUGAAAACCAAGGGAUCUAUUGCUAAUGGCAUUCCAAUUUACCGAAGUUAAUGAAUCUUGGAAGAUGGCGAGCUAUGUUUUAUCCUUAUUCCCCAUGUUUUGAAACACACUAAAAAAUAGCAUUGACGUUAUUGACUUUCGCUUGAUUAUGCUCACAAGGGAGUAACAAAGGAAAAUUGCCUCUACUUUUACACUGGGAUAAAAGUCCAAAAAGGAUUGGAGCUGAUACUGUCACUGCAGAUGCUUAUCUAUGUUCCAUAAAGAUUUCGCUCCCAUGAUUAGGAACUGUUGCGAAGAUAAAUACAUGCUUGCUGGCAUUUUGUGGGUAUUUCAUGAUGGAUCAUACUUUGAGACCGAGAACCUAUAGCUUGUCAAUUUGCAGAAAUUGAUGAACUUUAGAGGAUGGUAUAUCAUGUGUAUUCUCUGACCCUAAUCAUAACUUUUAUGAGCGAGAUAUACAAUGAUGGUAUAUCAUGUGUAUUCUUUCAUAAGACUCAUAUAAACAUCACUGACUUCCCUUCAUUAUGCCCACAAGGGAGCAGCAAAGAAAAAGACAGCUUAUUAUACAUGCAUUCAAAGUGUACUUUAAUCUAUUAGAACAUAGAAACCGAACAAUCCGUUUUAAGCAUUCUAACAUCAAAGCUGUAAUUGAUUGUAGUUUGUAAGGCUAUCUUUCAAGUACAACCAUUAUUUGGUGUUGUAUUAGUUUUUACAAUAUUGUAAAUCUGUAAUAUGAUCUAAAAUUUUGGAAUAAACUAGAUGGGGGAAAUGGAGAUAUCAUUUCAAUAUUUUGUGUUGCUUUCUUGACCCUCUUGUCCCUGAAAAAUAUAAGAACAAAAGUCCUUACGCCAUUUCAAGCAUUGGUUCGGUUCAUGAGUUUCUAAUAGAUCCCGGUAAUUCUAGGGAGUUGCUGCGACGGACAAGUUAUCACUUAUCAGUGAUUGUGUGAUAUGUUUCACUCGUGGUUAUCUCGCUAAUGCUGUGGUUCGCACUUAAUGAUUUUUACUCUAGGUUAUUCUUGCAAGAGAGUGCAAACCUCUUACAUACUUCAAGCCUUAAAGAUGCAACUAUAAGGAAUACAAAUUGAUUGAGGAUCAUCGGGUGAUCAAGCCAGAAUCUUAUAGGCUAUUUGUAAUAGCAGCUUCUCCACCUUACACUCGUGUAUGAAGAGCCGUAGCUAUGUUACUCACUCGCACUAUGAUACUGAUCGACUAUGCAGCA